AUGGCGAGUAUAUAUGAUGAAUUUGAGAAGAAGCUAGAGGAUUCAAAUGCAACACCAUUGUCUCUUCCACUAGAUUUUUUGAAGAACAUCACAUGUGAUUUUUCCAAUGAGUCAGUACUUGGCCAAGGUGGGUUUGGAUUAGUUUACAAGGGAGUUCUUCGGAGUGGGAAAAUCAUUGCUGUGAAGAAGCUUUUUGAAAUACGUCUAAAAGAGGAGACGUUUCAGAAUGAGGUCAGCUAUCUUAUGGGGAUCAAGCACCAAAACGUGGUACUUUUUGUAGGUUACUGUGCCGAAUCAAAAUGGGAAGCGAUAGAGCAACCAAGUGGGACUGGGAAGCAUAUUUUUGCCGAAAUGCCUAACAGGUUGCUGUGCUUCGAGUAUGUAUCCAACAAAAGCCUCGACAAACAUAUUUCUGAUGAAUCUUUGGGCCUUGAGUGGAAUAUGAGAUACGACAUAAUCAAGGGGAUUUGCACUGGUAUGCAUUUCCUUCAUGAUGAAUGCCAUAUCAUCCAUCUGGACCUAAAGCCAGAAAAUAUAUUGAUGGACUCUACCAUGACACCAAAAAUCGCGGAUUUUGGUUUAUCAAGGAUCUUUGGAGAGCAACAAUCACGAAUUAUCACUGAUAAUCGUACUGGAACAUGUGGAUAUAUGGCGCCAGAAUACUUAAUCCGAGGUUUAGUCUCAAAGAAGGCAGAUAUCUUCAGUAUGGGUGUCAUAGUCAUAGAGAUAAUUACAGGUCAUAGGGACUAUCCAUAUUUCCAGCAAGAUAAUCCGCACAGGACUGCAGCAUCACUCCAGCAGUUCACAGACAAAGUGCUCCUUAGCUGGACGAACAAACUCAUAUCCACACCAGACAAUAAAUCAACAGAAAGAUCUAUCCGACAAGUAAGACAAUGUAUUGGUAUAGCCCUUGAAUGUGUGGACCCUAGCAUGGAGAAAAGACCUACUGCAAAGGAUAUACUCGAAAUGCUUAAUGGAUUAGACAAGAUGGUGGCCGAUAACGAGCUGCAGUCGGACAUACAGUGCAAGGACAGGCUGCAGGUUCUGAACACUACUCAGGCAAUCCCAACUUUAACACAGAUCAUAUCUAGGGAGGUCCCUAAGGAGCGCAUGAUUUCGCUAGACAUAAAUCAGACAGAGUCAUGGAUUGCAACAGGUCAUGAUAAGGGAUAUAUUGAUAUAUGUGAUUAUAUAAUGCAGAAGUCAAUGUGUCUGGUUAAAAUCAAAGAUGUUCCCCUCGAAGUUACUACUAUUAAAUUUAUUGAACGAAAGCAAUGGUUUAUUGUUGGGCUAGGGCCUGGGAGUGGCAAAAUCUAUGUGUAUAGCUAUAAACCGGAGGUGCAGAUAAUCAGGAGUUUUCGUGUUAAGAGAUACUUAUUAGGAAUCAACUCACUGGCCGUUCAUCCAACCCAACCGUAUGUGUUGUCAUCAUGUAGUGGGUACAUACAGCUUUGGGACUGGGACAAGAACUGGGAGUGCAUCAAAACAUUUAAGAAAUUAUCCUAUUUUGGGAUGGAAUUGCAACUUGCAUUUAACCCAAAGGACACCAACGAAUUUGCUAGUGUUUCACCCGAUCUGACAGCAAAGCUUUGGAGUCUCGAUUCACCCAAGCCUAAAUAUAUUCUGGCUGGGCAUUCGGACAAAGUGAAUUGUGUAGAUUUCUUCACAACUGAUGAUAAUCAACAGUAUUUGAUUACUGGCUCUAGUGAUAAGUUUGCGAAGAUAUGGGACAUGCAGACAAAAACAUGUGUCCAAACAUUUGGAGAAUUCAAGUCUUCGGUUAUUUCUGUUGUUUCCCAUCCCAGUCUUCCAGUUUUAAUUAUAGGCACAAGAGAUGGUGCUAUUCAUUUGUGGGGCACAAAUUUCAGGUACAAGCGACAACUUAGCAUUGGCGGUCCUGGAGGUGCUAAUGGUCUCACAUGUCUGACGGCGUUAGGAAGGGUUGUGAUGGGAAAUGAGUCGGCGCUAUUCAUGAUGGAGAUCCUUGAUGAAGAACCAGAUGCUCCUGUCGGAAGUGAAGAAGCAGUUGGUAGCUCGGGCAGCAAUUGA